AUGAUUCCUACUUGUAUCUAUCUAUCUAUCUAUCUAUCUAUCUAUCUAUCUAUCUACGUAUCUCAGUCUGUUUAUAACUGUCUGUCUGUCUAUCUAUUUAUCUAUCUCACUGUUCAUAUCUAUCUACCUAUCAAUCUAUUCAGUCUUUUCACAUCUAUCUAUCUAUCUAUCUAUCUAUCUAUCUAUCUAUCUAUCUAUCUAUUUCAGUCUGUUCAUAUCUAUCUAUCUAUCUAUCUAUCUAUCUAUUUAUCUAUCUAUCUAUCUCAGUCUGUUCAUAUCUAUCUAUCUAUCUAUCUAUCUUGUUCUAUUCCUAUCUAUCUAACUUUCUAUAUCUGUUCAUAUCUAUCUAUAUCCAUACCUAUCGAUCGAUCUUGCUCUAUCGAUAUCUAUCUCGCCCUCUCACUAUCUAUCUCUCGAUCUAUCUCAAUCUGUUUAUAUCUGUCUCUCUAUCUCAUUUUGUUAAUAUCUAUCUAUCUAUCUAUCUAUCUAUCUAUCUAUCUAUCUAUCUAA